AUGUAUAAUUACAUGAAAUCAAACAAUCUACCAGUUGACCAGAAACAGAGGAAAUUAACUCAAUUAGCAUCAACACACAACCAAUAUCAACCAUUUUCUUCUUAUUAUCUUUGGUAUCUAAUCGACAGAUUUCAUUUUAUCAUCGAUGAUAUUCAAUCAAUUUUAACAUUUACUAAAAACACUUGUUUUAAUGAAUUUGCGAACAAAUUUAUGAACGAAAGACAAAAGGCUGAAUUAGAAGGAAAUAAAGGAAAAAGUUUAUUUUGCAAGAUUUCACUUAAUGGAUCAUAUGGUUACGAUGCAAUGAAUACACAAAAUUACGCAAAGACUAAAAUAAUGAAUGCACAGAAGGCACGCGUUGCAUGUAUGUCAAAUAAGUUUAAAAACAUAAGAGAAAUAGGUGAAGAUACAUAUCAAGUGAUGCUUAAAGAUAGAUUUUAUAGAUGUGAUACAUGUUUACAAGAGGCAUUCUUCACUUUAGAUAAUGCUAAAUACUGGUAUUUGGUUUUCAUUUAUGAUUUUAUGUAUAAAUGCAUGGAUGUUAAUUGUUUUCAUUUCAUUGAAGGUGAUACUGAUUCAUCUUAUUGGGCAAUCGCUGGCGAUCCAAGUCUUCCUAACACUCAAGCAUUUCAAGCAAUUGUUACCGAUAAACAAUUUUAUGAUAAAAAUGUUUUCAAAUUCGCACCAUUUGAUUUCUUCUGUUUUGAUGAGAAAUUUAAACCUAAAUUAAAGAAUAAAGCUGAAGAAAAAGCACAUGAGAAGAAGUUAUUGGGUUUAGCAAUUGAGAAACAAGGUGAUAACAUGGUGGCGUUAUGUCCUAAAUGUUAUACAUCAUUCAACGGUUCAAUUGAUGGGAGUGAUUUUAAAAAGAUUGCACAAAAAAUGAAGGGUGUUAGUUUAAGACAAAAUAAGCAAUUAACACCUAAAAAAUAUUUGGAUAUAAUAAAUGAUAAAGUGAUAUUUGAUGGUCAGAAUAUUAAUUUACAACUUAAAAACGGGUCAAUGACUCGCUUAACAAUCGGUAAGACUGCAUUAACAGGAGCACACACUAAGGCUGUAUGUUGUGAAAAUGGAUGUUGUAUGCCAUUUAUUUAA